AUGAGUACUCCUGGACCAGUACCCUCGUCGACAUCGGUAGCCACGCUACCUUUUUCGGCUCAAGACAAGACCCAAGAACAGGUAAGUGAAGAGCUGCAGUCAGUCGGAAUAUACCAAGAUUUAGAACGAUAUGAAGAGACGAUACAGCAAUUGAGUAAAAGUGUGGACACUUUCAAGCCCGAUCUCAGUUUGAUCGAUAAAGUAAUAGAGUGUGAUAAGAAACUUUAUGAAACAUUGGAGGAAUUCGAUGAAUACUACAAGAUAGAGGAAGAGUUGAGCAGGCUGGAUAAGGAACAGAAAAAUAUAGACAACAAAACGCGAGAAAUAUUGGAGACCUUGAAUACGUGCUAUAAUUCGUUGAAUGAACUGCCCAUGUUGGAGCAAGUUGAGUUUGAACAAAAAGUCAUGUUAAAACAGAGAGAGAAGAUUCAUUCCAAAGUCGUGUUGGAUUACGCAAUGAAAUUGGCUAAGUUCACCCGAUUCCCACCCACUUUUGAUAAAUCAAUGAUUGGACCGAAUAACUUUAUAUGGCCAGCAGAGGAUUCUUUGAGAAAAGGUAUGUUGGCAAUGGCUUCUCUCAAAAAGAAAGAAUUACUACUUGACGCUUUGGAUGAGGAUAAUGUUAAUAAUGAUAAUAAUACUAGUAAAAUUGAUGAAAUGCGCAACACCAAUGAGGAUUCUGUUGAUGAUAGAUUCAAUAACAAAGAACAAGUACAGGAUGCAACUGAAGAUACUGAAAGAAGAGGUUCGUUCGAGUUCACAGCAAAUGGGAAAGAGGAUUCAGAGACGAAAUCUGAAGAAAACCCGGAUUUGGAGCUGGAUCUAGAUUUGGACCUUUUUAACCCAGAUGAAUUUUAG